AUGGCUGAGCAACUCAUUCUCAAGGGCACCCUCGAGGGCCACAAUGGCUGGGUCACCAGCUUGGCCACCUCCAUGGAGAACCCCAACAUGCUCCUGUCCGGCAGCCGUGACAAGUCUUUGAUCAUCUGGAACCUGACCCGUGACGAGUCGCAAUACGGCUACCCGAAACGAUCUCUCCACGGCCACUCCCACAUCGUAUCCGACUGUGUUAUCUCCUCCGACGGCGCCUACGCUCUGUCUGCCUCGUGGGACAAGACCCUGCGCCUCUGGGAGCUGGCUACCGGAAACACCACCAGACGAUUUGUCGGCCACACCAACGAUGUCCUCUCCGUCUCCUUCUCGGCCGACAACAGACAGAUCGUAUCGGGCUCCCGCGACCGAACAAUCAAGCUGUGGAACACUCUGGGCGACUGCAAGUUCACCAUCACCGACAAGGGCCACACCGAGUGGGUUUCCUGCGUCCGCUUCAGCCCCAACCCCCAGAACCCCGUCAUUGUCUCCAGCUCCUGGGACAAGCUCGUCAAGGUCUGGGAACUCUCUACCUGCAAGCUGCAGACUGACCACAUUGGUCACACCGGAUACAUCAACACCGUCACCAUCUCCCCCGACGGCUCGCUGUGCGCUUCGGGCGGCAAGGACGGCACCACCAUGCUGUGGGAUCUCAACGAGUCGAAGCACCUGUACUCGCUGAACGCCGGUGACGAGAUCCACGCCCUCGUCUUCUCCCCCAACCGAUACUGGCUUUGCGCGGCCACGGCCAGCAGCAUCAUCAUCUUCGAUCUGGAGAAGAAGAGCAAGGUUGACGAGCUGAAGCCCGAGUUCACCUCGGUUGGCAAGAAGAGCCGUGAGCCUGAGUGUGUGAGCUUGGCCUGGAGCGCGGAUGGCCAAACCCUGUUUGCCGGCUACACGGACAACAUCAUCCGGGCUUGGGGUGUCAUGUCGAGAGCGUAG